ACACACUUUAUGUAUUUUGAUUGAGUGAAACUAUGUGACAUUGCAUGACGUGUGUUUACACUUGCUUUUAUGUAAACAAAUAAACAAACCUCAAUGACUUUAAAAGCUUGAGGUUCCCUCUUAAUUUCCUUGGACAACAAAUCACCAAGGAUGAAACCAAGAAACAUUCUAUCAGCAAUCAUCCAGCUGGUGUCCGUACUUGAAUGUGUGUCCCCGGUACUGGCACUAGGCAAAGAUGAAUGGAGACGCCAGUCUAUCUAUUCGAUAAUUACGGAUCGAUUCGCUGCAUCAAAUCCUGCUCCAUGCAAUCCAGAGGAUCGUGCCUAUUGCGGUGGAAAUUGGAGAGGAAUUAUCGAGCAUCUUGAUUACAUUCAGGGUUUGGGCUUUACCGCCAUUUGGAUAUCACCCAUCGUUAAAAACAUUGAAGGUGUUACCAAAUACGGAGAAGCGUAUCACGGCUACUGGCCCCAAGACUUUUUUGAGUUGAAUCCCCAUUUUGGCACGGAAGACGAUUUGCGUGAACUCGUUAGUGAGCUUCACAAACGUGGAAUGUACAUUAUGGUGGAUACUGUUGUUAAUCAUAUGGGCUCACUAGAUCCAAAAUCCAUUGAUUUUGCUUCGUAUCGUCCAUUUAACAACGAAGGCUACUUUCACCCAAUGUGUCCUAUUGACCAGGAUGACCCACUUUCAAUAGAACAGUGUUGGAUCGGAACAGAACAUAUGACACUUCCAGAUAUUGAUACCGAGAGUCCAGAAGUCAUUGAAAUCUUACAUAACUUUAUCAGUGAUCUAGUCAAAAAAUACGAGUUUGAUGGUCUCCGUAUUGACGCGACAAAGCACGUAAGAAGAACAUUUUGGCCAGGCUUCUGUGAAGCAGCUGGCGUUUAUUGCCAAGGUGAGCUUUGGACUGGUGACCCGGCUCAGUUCUGUGAAUGGCAAGACUACAUGGAUGGAUUACACAAUUUCCCCGUCCAAGGUGUUGCUGCUCAAGCAGUCGUUCCAAUCAAUGACCGCGGUUUGAGAAAAACUGCAUACGCUAUGGAUCGCGUUGGAAAACUUUGCAAGGACAGUACCGUAUUGGGACUUUUCUUGGAAUCUCAAGAUGCACCUAGAAUGGCUGCGCUAAAUAAGGACGUCAAUGUUCUGAAAAACGCGAUGCUGUUUAACCUCAUGGGCGAUGGCAUCCCAAUUGUAUUUUACGGUCAAGAACAAAUGUUCGAUGGCAGCCAUGAUCCAUUCAAUCGUCCGGCUAUGUGGGACAAGGGUUACAACACCGAUGGCGUUCUUUACCAAUUCACAUCCAAAGUGAACAGUAUUAGAACAGCUCUUAUCAACGCACCCGGAGGUGAAGAAUUCAUCCGCUCGAAGUCCAAGAUAAUGAUGGUUGGUGACCACGUUAUGCUUAUGUACAAAGGCGAUGUAAUCACUCUGGUCACCAAUUAUGGAUCCAAAGACAAAGAAUACAUUAUCAAGAUGCCAAGCUCAGAAACCAUGGUUGAUCUUCUCUCAUGCCAAAUGAUUGAACAAUCAGACAGCAUAAUGAAAACUUCCGUUAAGCGUGGAGAACCAAAGCUGCUUUACCCGUACGUUCUCGCCAUGCGUGAUGGAUUCUGCUUAGAUGAACUUGUCGUUCAAGAUGCCAUUGAUGAUGUUAUGUUCCCUGGCAACGAAAUCCGCGGUCCCGAUCUUAACUAAGGCGUUAUUGUCUUUUCAUGUCUCUGUGCCAUUUUUAGUUAUGAACAGUAGUUUCAUUUUUACGAUUUUAGUUCCAAUUCCAA